CGCGGGCGAGCCGUCCAGUCUGCAGACAUGAGGCGCGGCCUGUUCGUCGCCACUCUGGCCCACGUCGCAGCAAUACUUUCGUCUGCUUACGAUUACGCUCAGAGCAGCGACGAGGAGUAUGACGAAAACCCGUGCCUCCCUCAGAUAGCAGACCGCUGCUUCAAAGACGUCUACGAGAACUUGCUGUGUCACGUCGACCCGAGCUCUUUGCCAGACUGCGUCAAGAAGAAUGUGGACGACUUCUGCGAUGCUGCUUCAGAUGCGUUGGACUGUGCAGUAGCUAUUGUCGAUGGUGACUGCACAAUUGCGGAAGGGUCUGAUGUCUUCGACGCCUGGAUCAGUGGCCUUCGCAAUGUAUACAAGACCUUCUGCACUGCUGAGAAACAACUGCUAAGAGUUCUGAUUGCAGCUCCUAACUGUUGGAACAGCAUCUUUUUCUUAAAAUGUGUUGAGAGGACAAUAAGGGUGAACAGUACCGUGGACUUGAUGAGAGUGCCCCUGGAUCUGGCUAUGUGCAACCAGAUAGCGGUUGCAGCUUCUGCCUGCAACGUGAAGGCGACUCGGCCGUCAGAACUGUGCGAAGCGCCGCAGGGAGCCAUAAGCGAGGCCAUCCACUCGUUCUUCACGGGAACCAAGUGCGGUGUCCCGUGCGUCUCUUCAGCGACGAUGCUGCUGCCGCACGCAGUCUCUGUGGCUUGUUUGACCUGCUACCUGUGUGGAAUCUCGGCAAUGCUGUUUCACCUAUAGCUCAUAUGAGCAACGCAUUUACUUGAACUCUGCUGCAGGUAACCGCAGUCUUACAGGGAGCAGAGGCGAGGAUGGAAAGCUACCGCUCUCGUAUAUUCCUGCUGGAAUAUUCUAUCUAUCUAUCUAUAUCGGAAUCCCGCUCCAGCUACUGCGGGGUCUGGGUUCUGACGAGUCCUCUCCAUUUGGCUCGGUCCUCCCACCACGUUUCUUCCUCAACUUACUGCCAGGUCACACCUCUCCUUUCAACAGAUAUUAUCACUCCCAUUUUCCAACGUGUUCUUGGGCGCCCUCUAGGUCUUUUCCCAUUCAUCUUUAGUUCUUCCAUAAUUUUGGGGAGUGUCUGCCCAUGCAUCCUCUUAACAUGCCCAUACCAUCUUAAUCUCUUUCUUUCAAUUUAUUCUCUCAUACUUUCUUGUUUAAGGUCCUUCCUAAUCUCUACAUUCCUUACUCUGUCCAUCCUUGUUUUUCCCUUAACUGUUCUGAGAAAUUUCAUUUCCCCUGCUUGCAGUCUGCUCUAGUCCCUUUCUGUCAUUCUCCAUGUUUCUCCACCAUAGGUGACAAUAGGGAUGUAAUAACUCUUAUACAUAAGGAGUUUUGCUCUUUCUGAAACUUCAUUAUGCCAAAUCAGGUGUUUGGUAGAAAUUGCCUCCCUUCUGUAACCUCCUAUUAAUUUCGUUAGUUAUUCUUCCAUCCCUAGAUAUUUCACUCUCUAAAAAAGUGAAACUUUCUACCGCUUUGAGGGGUUCUCCAUUCAAGGUAAUAUUUCCGUUGAUCCCUUUCUCUCUUCCAAAUACCAUCACUUCACUCUUAUCUUUAUUUAUUUUUAAUCCAUACAUUUCCAUCCACGCAUCAAGCUGUAACUGUACAUCUACCUCUUUAUCACCCCAUAUUAUCAUAUCAUCUGCAAAUAUCAUCUUUUUGUCUUUUUCUUUUACUGUAUCUUUAACUGCCCUAUUCAUUCCCUCCAUCACAACAUUAAAAAGUGCAGGAGAUAGAAUACUUCCUUGCUUAAGUCCUUAUUUCGAAGUAUAACCCCAAUGGUGUUCUAAUUCUACAAUUGUGUCCUCUGUACAUUGUCUUUAUAACGUUAAUGUAACCAUCUUCUAAAUCUAUCUGGAAUAUUGUGUAAAAAAAAAGACGUUAUGUAAAAAACAAGUCUUCUCUGGUAGGCAUAGGUUUUCACUGGACAUGUGUUCAAUAUUCUGCUCAUCUGAAAAAGUGUUAAUUGUUUCAGUGCAACAGUUUGAGUGAGUAAAUGUUGCAAUGCCUUUGACAGAUGAUAUAAUUUUACAACUCAGCUGUAUUUACACAGACAUCUACUACAAAAUAUUUUAGUUAAUUAAUGUGUGUCUAAAAGAAAUGUAACUACUUUUGUAAU